GGUUUGUGCUUGUUUGCAAUGCGGCUCGCAUGGUGGUGUGUGAAGGAUAGACAAUUUACCAAAACAGUGGUGUGCGAACUUAUCACAAUCUAAUCAGAGGCUCGUUGAGCCUCGCGAUGAAAAACGAAGCCGCGAUGGAGGAAGUAAAAGCCUUCAACGCUGAGCUUCAAACUCUCUAUGAAUCUCGUCCUCCUGUUUCGAAGGCGAAGAUGACGGACAUCACAAAGCGCGCGAUGAAAGGGGUCAAACUUUACAAGCACGUCGUGCACACCGUCGAAAAGUUCAUCCACAAAUGCAAGCCCGAGUACAAGGUGCCGGGCCUUUAUGUGAUCGACUCGAUCGUCCGGCAGAGUCGACAUCAAUUCGGUAGCGAGAAAGACGUCUUCGCUCCUCGGUUCCAGAAGAACAUCAAGAACACCUUCCAGAGUCUCAUGAGAUGUCCGGACGACCAACGCCCGAAAAUAGUGCGAGUGCUAAAUCUCUGGCAGAAGAACGGAGUAUUUCCGACAGAAGUUACUCAGAUGCUUCACGAGGUCGUGGCAUCUUGUUCCGGACAGAACCCGAUGGAGUCCGUUCGCAAUGGAGACGAUGUGAAUGUUGGAGAGGAUCCUUCCUUAGCCUCAAAGACAUCGACUCUCGCGAAUCAGAUCAAGGAGCAGAGCAAAGAGAACAAGCCAGUUUUCGAUAGAAAACUCCUGGACUUCGACUACGGGGAAGAAGAGGAGGAUAAAUCUACGUCGGAUGCCGGUCACCAUCAUCAUCAUCAUCACCACCACCACCAUCAACCGACACAUCCUCCGGAACCCCCUAAGGUCGAGGACGUGCAGAAAAUUGCUAACACGGUGCUUAAUCCAUCAAUGUUGGAAUCUAUCCAGAAAGCCCUCGCCGCACAGGGAAUGGGUCAGAUUUUGAAACCUGAAAUGCCCUCUGACAUGGGAAUGCAGAUGGUUCCACCUCCGAACCAUAUGAUGGCCUCGCCUUUCGGUCUCCCUAUGAUGGUUGCCAAUCCGUUCGCGACGCCCGUACCCAUGCAACCUCCGGUGUCUCAAGAAGCCGAUUUGAUGGUUGGGAAAGACGAAGACCUGCGCAACAAAGAGGACGGUCCUCGACGAAGACGGAGUCGGAGUCCCAGGCGGCGAUCGCGGUCUAGAUCGCGAUCGCCAGCGAGGUCGAGAAGGAGAUCGAGAGACCGGAAACGCGAUCGAAGUUCUUCAGCUGACCGGGAGCACGAACGAGAGCGUAUGUCCAAAGGUUUGCCCGCCGUUCGAAGAGGCUAUAUCACGGUGUGUUCGAAUACGCUCUGGUUGGGACAUGUUUCGAAGGCGACCACCGAGUCUGAUCUGGAAGCGAGCUUCGGAGAACACGGCAAAAUACUCAGCAUCGAUCUUAUCCCUCCUCGAGGUUGUGCAUAUAUUUGUAUGGACCGUCGACAGGACGCCUACCGAACGCUGGUCAACAAGCGCAACAUAAGACUGAAGAACUCUCCAUCGAGAAUAAAAAUCGCGUGGGCGCCUCAUAAGGGCGCGAAGAAUCACAAAAACUUCAAGGAUUACUGGGACGUGGAUCAGGGGUGCUUUUUCAUCCCCGACGACCAGAUGCCGCUCGACGUCGAUCUCGCCCAGCUGGAGGAGGGUGGAAUGAUCGACGUCGACUCGCUCCCGGACUCCCUCAAGAAACGUUACGAGCUCCUCAAAAUGGGGGGCAAGCCACCAAGUGCCAUUCCUAAUGCGAUGCCGACCGGAAUACCGGGCGGUAUCCCGAUGCCGUUCGGAGUUCCUCCUUUCCCCAUGGCUUCGAUGGGAGCUCCGGGAAGCAAUGCGCUCACGGCCAUGCUGGGUAUGCCUCCGAUGGCCCUGCCACCGAUGAUGCUCAACCCGAAUAUGUUGCGCCCGCCUGGUGGAACUCGAAUGAAUCUUCCCGGAGCUCAAGGAAGCUUGCCACCUAGUUCGACGGCCGCGGCCGUUGCACCCCCGCCACCGAUUAGUGCGCAAUCGCCAUCUGCCAACGGCGAUGCCAGAGGUCCUAAUGGUCAGACGAACUUCGGUCCUCCUGGACCGCGGAACCUUGCGCGCGGAGCCAUGCCGCAGAUGAGAGGUCCUGGUAUGCCCGGUAUGCCUCCUAUGAGCAACAUGCCUCGCCACAUGUUGCCAAGAAGAGGUCAUAUGAUGGGCGGACCUAUGCCCCGUCCGCCGAGCAUGAGGAACGGACCAGAUGGAUCGAUGGAUGGCCCGGACGGAAUGCCGCCGAGAUUCGGUAUGCCGGGACCCGACUUCUUGGCCCGACACGGGCCGCCGCCACCGAAUUGGAAUGGGCCGCCAGGAGGUCCAAUGUGGCGUCACGGCUUACCUCCUGGAAUGAGACCCGAUUUCUCGCGAGGUCCUCUGCCGCCAAACUUCAACGGACCGCCCCCAAUGGGAAACUUCCCUAACGGAUCACCCCUGGGUCUCAUGGGCGCGAGACCCCCCCAGGCCGGCACCGGUUCAGCGAGCGGCUCAGUAGGCGUUUCCGGGCCCGAAAAGCGACAAGCGCACGAAGAAUCAUCGAUUGCGGGAGGUCGAGAGAGAAAAAGACGGUCUCGUUGGUCGGAUGCUCCUGGCGAUGCCCCCGCGGUGCCUCCACCUGUGCUGGCAAACCUGCCACCGGUAAUCGAACCCGAGGCUGCGACCGAGGUUCAAGCCGAGGCUUCAGCAGACGAGCCCGGAACGCCUGUCGCCGAUGAGACUGAGUGGCCGGACAAGGCGCCCGGCGAGGAUUUCGAUAUGUUUAACGAUUCGCCGAAAGUGAAGGCUUCGUAG